AUUCAUCUUCACUGUCCUUCGCUCCAAUUGCGCACUUUUCGCUUACCCCACGGACCAUACUCCGCAUACUGUCUCGGCUGCUGGCCUUCUUCCAAGUGGUGUGCCUCAUCUUCAUGACCUCGGACUUGUACCGGUGAAUGGUUCAUCUCAAGAGGGUAGCACCUUUCCGGGCGAUCGUCUUCGGCGAUCAAACCACUGCCGCUACGUUCUUGGUUUCGAUCUUCCAAGUCUCCUGUUUCUCCUCCAUCUGCCGCCCUCUCACAUCAUGCACUCUUCAGUAUCUCCCCCUUCAGCCGUACAGUCUGGUGGAGGGAACGUCUUCACCGACCAUCAGCUACGAGACUUGGAGAUUGCUGAGAGAUCAAUGUCAUGCCUUUCAUUAAUGGGCUCACUCUUCAUCAUGACCACUUUUGGCGUAUGGCCAACCUUUCGCAAACCCAUCAAUCGACUCGUCUUUCUUGCAUCCAUAGGCAACUUGCUCUGCAACAUUGCCACCCUUAUAUCAGUAUCUGGCACCAUGUAUGGUGCUAAAAAUCCACUGUGCCAGUUCCAGGCAUUCUUGAUCCAGAUGUUCAUUCCUGCCGACUCUCUGUGGACCUUUUGCAUGGCACUUAAUGUAUACCUGACCUUCUUCAAGAACUACGAUUCCGCUAUGCUACGCUCGCUGGAGAAGUGGUACUUUCUUGCCUGUUAUGGAACGCCGCUACUCCCCGCCCUCAUAUUCCUCAUCAUCGAUCACGCCUCCAAGGGCGCGCGGAUCUAUGGCCCAGCCACUCUAUGGUGUUGGAUUGCAGUUGAGUGGGACUGGAUGCGCAUCGCCUUCUUCUACGGACCCGUCUGGAUCAUCAUUGCCGUCACGACCACAAUUUACCUCGUGACAGGCAAAGACAUUUUCAAGCAGCGUGCUGCUUUGAGAGCAUUCUCCAAGGACCAGCCACGGCCACCAAUGCCAAUUCCAGUGAAUCCAUUCAUGAGUGAGGGUCUCGCCGUGCGGAAAGUUACAGAAAUCCAAAUCACCCACGAGACCAUUCGACCUCAAUCCCCGGAUUACCAGGCAAAGAGCCUAGAAUCAGAGGAUGGAACUCGGAGUUCUUUUGCCAGUACCAGGAAGCUGAGCCAUAAACCAACACAUAAUCUUACCAACGGCACUUCCCCUUUCACCCGGCUGGCAAACGACCCCUGGCCGUACACUGAAGGUGCUACAGGAGAGUUGCCAGGCGAGAAUAACCCGAAUUUCUCGACUACAGUCACUGCGGGUAGAUCGCCUCAGCAAACGGAGACUGAACGACAAGAAGAAGACACUCAACCAACCAAGCGCGAGGCGAGAGUUGCCAAGCGUGAAUUGAAAGCGCACCGAAAGAAGUCUGCCGCAGCAAGACAUGCGAACUCGGCUGCAUGGGGAUACGCCAAGGUUUCCAUGCUCAUGUUUUUGGCACUGUUUGUCGUCUGGGUGCCCUCAACUAUUAAUCGAGUGUACUCUCUUGUACGCCCCCAAGAGCCCAGCUUUGCACUGUCUCUGCUCGCCGGUCUCGUUCUGCCACUACAAGGCUUCUGGAAUGCCGUCAUCUACAUCAUAACGUCGUGGGGACAAUGCAAGGAUGCCUUUCACAGCAUCUUUUCCCGAUAUUGGCGUUCUCGCUCGACCAGAGUUGCCACUCGCCACGGUGGCUUCGCUUCCCCCUUUCACAAGCGCAUGCCUGUCCUUACCGAGAGCAUCCACGACUUACAUAGGUAUAACGACCGUGGCCUAGAUCACAGCUUCGACGACGAGUCUACUUCUACGCCUGACCGCAGCUUGCAUGAUCCCCUCACCCGUCGUGAGGAUAUUGAGCUCGACACGCCUGUGUCCUACUCUGGAAGUGAAGCACAACGCUGAACUCAUAGUGCGUUUCAGUCCGUUGUAUUUGCGCAACGCAGCACAGCAUUACUGUCACAAGU